AUGGACGCCGACAACGCGCCGUCCAUACGAGACGUCAAGAUGGAGGACGCAGCAUCUGCAAAGGCAAAGGACAGCGCCGACUCUUCAUCGGCUGGAGCAUCCAAAAACGAAAGCGCGGCUACUGGUGAAGCCGCCAAGGGGAAGCGGUACCGCUCUUGGAAGAAGAAGUUCCAGAAGAUGCGCGUUGAAUUUGACGUCAGCAUCGACAUCAACGAAAAGCUGCACACAGAGGAGACCAACGCUCUGCAGACAACGAAGCGGCUAGGCAUUGAGAUUGAUCGUAUCCUCGACCUCCUCCUCGACAUCAACAACACACCUCAAAUCCCCGGGUCGAAGCGCAUCGAUCUCAGCCUCCCACGAUCGAAGAACACCAAAGCCCUUGACAUUGAUGUGGACGGCGGCUGGGAGCGGCGAUACUUUGAUAAGAAGGACCCCGAUGGGCCCCUCCCGGAGCCUCCAGCACGCUCGCUCAAGUCCCUCCUGGCUGAAGUGCCGCACCUCGACCUGGCCGAGACGAAGAAGAAUGACCCUGCCGCGCUCAAGGACCUAAUCGCGACCAACGAGAACCGGCUCGCCUUUGUGGUACCGGAUCUGCGGCUCCUCAACAAGCAGAACCGCCAGCCGUCCACGGACUUGUCGAACGUGUUCCCGGAGAGCUUCCUCAUGGCCGACGACAUUGACAACUACCUGUGGGACUCUGAUCGCCACAUUGCUGGCCGUGCCCUUCUCGCAGGCGAAAACCCGCCGCCCAUGAUCCCCACCAUGGCCCCCUUUGCCCACACACCGGACACGCACAUUGCCCACAUUGGCAAGGGUGACACCGCCUGGGAUGAGUUGUUCAACCGCAGCAUCGUCGAAAGCGACCUGCCCAAGAUGGUCAAUACGGCACCUUUUUGGUACCUGUCCACCACCAUUGCCCGCAACCCCACCAGCGUUUACAACUGGCUCAAGGACCAUGCACCAAAGGCGAUCUUUCUUCAGGAGGGUGAGGCGACGGCCCAGGCAGCGGCCGCCGCCGCCGCCGAAAAGGAGCGUGAGAAGGACAAGGACAAGGACGACCACGGCAGCCAAAAGGGCACCGGUGCUGGCGGCAAGGCCAAGCGCCAGCCCGUGCGCAAAUCGGCCGCUGUCAGCUAUUUCAGCUAUUACCCCAGUGACGCCUCUCGUGCCAAGCGCGCGGCGGCGGCUGCGGAUGCCGACCUGUCUGACGACGCGGGUACGACUGCAGCCGCUAGUUCCGGUCGCGGUGGCAAGCGGAAGCGGACGCUGGACGACGACACGGGGUACCGGCCGAAGGGGGCCGGUGGCGGCGGCAGUGCAUCGGCGCGUGCUAACAAGCGGAAGCGUAAGAGCGAGAGCGGUGCCGCCGGGGACGACGACAACGAUGCUACCGUGGCCGAUGUGUCUAUGGUGUCGGUGACUAAGAAGCGGCCGCGGAAGAACGCGGCACUGGAAGCAGCCACAGCCGACGGCGAUACGGAGGUUGAGGCCGGGUCAAAUGUCGGUGACGCAGCCGAGGAUGAUGCGGAUGCCGGUGCCGCGGACACGGCAUCAGCGGCCGUUGACCAUGAAGCCAGCCCUGUUGACGCAUAG